UCCCGGGAGAAAUGGUUGAUGAAUUUGUCAGCUUCACUUCUUGGAGAUGGGCACAAAUCCUUUUUGGCAGCUACAGCCAGGUGUUUAGUUUCUGAAAACUCUGAUCUGGUGAGAGUGUGUCUGACCACAGUGGCAUGGUUGAGCUCAGCUCUUGUUUCAUUAUCUGAAGCUGAGUUUCAGCUAUCUGCCUUUUCUGCUCUCAUCACUGGGCUUAAAGGUUGCCUCGAGAAUGAGCUGGUUGAGCACAAGAUUCUUGCUUCUAUGUCUCUGCUUAAUUUCAGCAAGUUUCCAGAAUGCAGGCUUUUAUUGAUGACAAUGGCUGAGGACAUUGCUGCUUCUCUUCAAAGCCUCACAGAAGUAACAUGGACAGCAAAAGAACUGUAUUCUAAGAUUUGCACCUACUGAUUUAAAGAAUUAGACUCACUGCAGGCAAGAACUACCGCUUAAGAUGAGCUGUUCUGCUUUGUACAGUUAGAGAACAUGUUGCAGAUGAAACUUAUUGCAGAUGCAUCUUUUGCAUUGUUGUUUUGUUCAGUUAGGAAAUGCAGCAUGAUGCGCUGUUUUAGACCUUUUAGAGAAGAAUGCUAUCCUUACUUCUCUUGUUUGUUUCUUUUGUCGAGUUGGGGGAGAAAAGGGUAGAGGACUAAAAAUAAGAUACAAUCAGAUCCAUUCUCAGCUGCCCUUCGAGAAGUUCGGCAGGUGU